AUGGCCAAGCUUUGUAAUAAGGGUAAGAAAUAUACCGUAUUAGAAAUUAAUGAUACAUUGGCAAAAAUAAAACAAAUCAAUGAGCUGUUUGGUUCAGACUCUAGACAAUUGAAUGUAGUGUUCUAUGUGGAAAAAUUCAGAAGGCUUAGAAUAAAUAGAGUCAUGGAAGCGCUCGUGACAACAUCUAGACCUCUGUCCCAAAUCUUUAUUAGGUCAACUAAUACCAGAGGCAUUGAAGAAAAUAUUAAAGGAUUAGUUAGUAAACUUAUAUCUGAGUUUUUUAAUAUAUCAGAGAACUUUGAUAGAAUUGAGCAGAAACGUGUUGAACUCGCUGAGAUAUUGGGUAAGAAUAUUCUUUCUAAGAACGAAAUGGUUGAUAAGCAUAACAGAUUUCUUUCGAAUGCAAUCAAAACAGCUCUUCAAAAUUCAGGUCUCGGUGCUGGAAAUCGAACUUUAGAGUAUUCUUCCUAUACUAUGGUCGCUUCAAUUUCUAGUUUGUUGGUGUUAUAUGGAGACCUUAUUUCGAUAGGAAUGUUUUCCACGGUAGAUGAAGAAAAGAGGGUUUUUGGUAAUAUUGAUUAUCCUAAUGUAGAAGGUAUGAUUAUUCGAGUAGAAGAAGAAGAUAAAGACAUAGACGAAGAAAGACAGGAUGGGGAGGUGGUAGAUGAGGGGCUAUCUGAAGAACUGGAGGAUGUAUUAAAAGACAAUAACAGAGAGCAUCUUAUGACAGGAAAUGGUUCUUUUAACGUAAUGAAACAAUGCUUUUCAAGACAAGGUUUAUUUCCAGCUGUUAAAAUGACGACGGUUAGCGUGACACCUGAUGUAAAUAGUGUUGCAAUGGAUAAGUAUAUCAGGGAUUCGUUGAAAUAUAUCUUCAAUAAUAUUGAACCUGAUAGCUUGUUUAUUGCGACCAAGCUACUGAACCCAAAUCUUAGAAAUGAGUUUGCUGGUAUUUUUUUAAUCGAUGGUACAUUUUUACGAGGCCAUUUUAGGACCCUGAUUAACAUUGUCGGUAUGACAACCGAUUACAGGUCAAUUCCUUUAGCUCAUUUGUUCACUACCUCACAUGAAACUACAAAGGCUUGCCGUAUUACCAUCCAAUCAUUGAAAAGGAACGUUGAUUUAGACUGGUCUGCUGCUAAUUUCAUGUGUGACCAAGGUAAAGGACUCGAAUCUGCAAUCAGAGAAGAGUAUGGCAAAGAGGAACUUACUUGUGUCACUCAUUUGUCUAAGAAUUUAAUCAGGAACGCAAAGGGGAGAGUGAUAGAGGCAUUCCAGGCAGCAACCCACACACUUGAUCCGCAAGUAUAUGAGGAAUCUAUCAACGAAUUGAUAAAAAAAUUUCCAGAAAGUAAAAGGAAUUCCGGUAAUUCGACUUUCAAGAAACUCACUGAAAAUCCACGAUCCUUUUCCAGAUUGAAACGUGACUGCCCUCAUUGGGAAAUAUUUACUACAAAUCCUGUUGAACAAUUCCAUUCAAUUAUAAAGGUGUUGAAAAGAGGGAAUCUCGUAAACAUGAUAGUGAAUUUAACAUCCUUCCAAAUUAGCUGCCAGAAUAAACUUUUCCUGAACCCCCAUUUUCAGGCUCCGCCGAUAUACCUUCCAUUGCUAAUACGUCCCCAUUUGAGUUGA